AAACAAGCCAAUGACCUGGUGGCCACGCUGAAGAGAUGCACACCCCACUACAUCCGCUGCAUCAAACCCAAUGAGACCAAGAAGCCCCGAGACUGGGAGGAGAGCAGCAGCACCCCGUCCCUGCAGGGGACUCAGGCUGCUUUCCCCAACAGGGUCAAGCACCAGGUGGAAUACCUGGGCCUGAAGGAGAACAUCAGGGUACGCAGGGCAGGCUUCGCCUACCGCCGCCAGUUCCCCAAGUUCUUGCAGAGGUAUGCCAUUCUGACCCCCGAGACGUGGCCACGGUGGCGUGGGGACGAACGUCAGGGGGUCCAGCACCUGCUUCGGGCGGUCAACAUGGAGCCCGACCAGUACCAGAUGGGGAGCACCAAGGUCUUCGUCAAGAACCCGGAGUCG